AUCUAAGUAGUAUAUAUAGUAUUUAAGAUGAAUAACACUACAUCAUGAUUCAUAAUUAUUUUAUAUUUUAAUAGUACUGGUAACCAUUAUAUAUUUAUAUUAUUAAAAUAUAAUGAUAUAAAACAAAAACUACAACAUUUUUUCAAGUGUUUUUUACAUCUAUAUAACUAUUGUCGAAAUUUGAUAUUAUCACAUCAUGGCUAAUGACAAUGAAGAGGUGUGUGAAAAUUUGUCAAAAGUAAAAAUUAAUGAAGAGGAUGAUAAUUCUGAAGACAAUUCUUCAUCAGACAACAGUAGUGAAACUAGUGAAGAUUCUGUAGAAAUUGAAGUACCUUUUAAAGUUGGUAUGUGGGAUUUAAAACAGUGUGAUCCAAAACGAUGUACUGGAAGAAAAUUAAUGAGAUUAGAACUAAUUGACAAACUUGGAAUGUCUGCUAUGUUUAAUGGUAUCGUUCUAACACCUGUUGCUACUGAAAGUGUUUCAGCUAAGGACAAUCAAAUUAUAGCAAAACAUGGUGUGGCUGUUGUGGAUUGUUCUUGGGCACGACUAAAUGAUACUCCAUUUCACAAGUUACAGCAUAGAAAAGCCAAAAAAAACUUGCGAUUAUUGCCAUAUCUUGUUGCUGCUAAUCCAGUUAACUAUGGACACCCUAGUAAGCUUUCUUGUGUUGAAGCUUUAGCUGCUGCUAUGUAUAUUGCUGGUUUCAAGGAAAUUGGUGAUUUAUACAUGUCCAAAUUUAAUUGGGGUCCAACAUUUACACGCCUCAAUCAAGAAUUAUUAGAUGGCUAUGCUGAUUGUAAAGAUGGAAAAGAAAUUGUUGCUUUUCAAAAUCAAUAUUUAGAUCAACUAGAUAAUAAUUACCAGCAUGCCAUUAGUAGUACAGAUUCAAGCAGUGACUCGAGUGACAAUGAUGCAGAUACAACUGUAUAAAAUCAAUAACUUCAUUAAUAUCAUUAAUACAAAUUUUAUCAUGUCUUUGAAUAUUUUCUGUAAUAAAGACUGAUAAAAAUAAUAAGUAUGCUGU